AUGAUAAGUAUUUUAAUUUGGCUUUUAUUUUAGCUAGAUACAUAUCUAGGCAAUAUUACUCCUGAUGAGACUGAAUAAAACUUUAAAUUUUCUAACGAAGUUAUUGUUAAAGGUUUGAGCUUCGAUGCUAAUGAAAACGAUAUUAGUAACUACUUUGACCAAAAAUGUGGUCAAGUUUCUAAAGUUAAACUCUUAAUGAACUCAUAAGGACGUUCGAAGGGUAUUGCAUUUGUCAGUUUUGAAACUGAAGAGGGGUAUAAUAAAGCUCUUGAAAUGAAUAACUCAGAAUUUAUGGGUAGAUAUCUUAUCAUUGAAAAGACUAAGUCUAAGGCUGAAAGGUUAACUCAGAUGCAUUCUUAUGCUGAUUAAGGUCCUAAAAUUGUGAUUGUUGAUAAUAUCUCUUCAAAAAUUAAUAAGUUCGAUAAUGAAGUUAUUGUUAAGGGUUUGAGCUUUGAUGCAGAUGAAAAUGAUAUUGGUAACUACUUAAACGAAAACUGUGGUUCCGUUACUAGAGUUAACCUCUUAAAGAAUGAAUAAGGAUGUUCUAAAGGUGUUGCCUUCGUCAGCUUUGAAACUGAAGAAGGUUGCAACAAGGCUGUUGAAUUGAGCGACUCUGAAUUCAUGGGUAGAUAAAUUUUUAUUGAAAAGACCAAGCCAAAAAUUGAAAGACCUGCUCAAUUACCUGCUGAUCAAGACUCCAAGACUAUCUUUGUUGGUAACCUCUCUUUCGUAACAAAUAAGGAAACUCUUAAGAAGUUCUUCGCCUCUUGUGGCAAGGUUGUUAAUGCUCGUAUCGCUGAAGCUGAAGGAAAGAGCAGAGGUUUCGGUCACGUUGAAUUCGAAGAAAGAUCUGGUGUUGAAAAUGCUUUAAAGAUGGCUGGUGAAUAAAUCGACGGAAGACCCAUCAGGGUUGAUGUCGCUGCUUCCAGAGGUAAACUUGUAGGUUUCAACAGAAUCUAAUGA